CUCACAUUUUCUUGGUUACCAUCCCGCCUCUCCCUUUGGCCACUCAACUCUUCUUCUCCCUCUUAGCGAGCCUCCCCUGUGCCCAGCUCGGCUUGAACACCGCCAGCCACCACAUCUCCUUCAGACAAAAUAGUAUGUGUAGGUGUAGCUUGUAGCCCUGAAUUUUCUGUUAAGGGUCAAGUUUGUUAUGAUGGCUGGCAUCCUUUUUGAUGACAUUUUUACAAUUGAGAUUCUAAACCCGAACGGUGAAAAAUUUGAUAAAGUUACUAGGAUUGCAGCACAAAGUGAAAAGCAUGGGAUAUUGAUGAAUCUAGAUGUAAAUACUGAGAUAUAUCCGAUGAAGAAAAAAGAGAAAUUCUUGAUGGUAUUGUCACCCACACUUAAUUGGAAUGAAGCAUUUUCCUCCAGUGAUGAUACGCAGGGCGAGCAGAAGUCUCUUGCAGACAAAUUUGAAUAUGUCAUGCAUGGAUUGGUGUAUAAAAUAUCAGAAGAAGGUUCAGGAUCUGACGUCAAAGCGGGAAUAUAUGCUUCAUUUGGUGGACUUCAGAUGUGGCUGAAGGGGGAUCCAAUCCAUUGUACCAAGUUUAAGGUUGAUCAAAAGUUGUUUCUUCUUAUUAGGAAGCUGCCAUGAUACUUCAUCAAGAAAUUGAAACUUUAUCACAAGGGUUUUUUUAUUUUUAUUUUAUUUUUUUAUUUUUUAUUUUUUAUUUUUUAUUUUUUUUUUUUUUCGUUUGGCAAGUAUUGUAGAAGGACCUUACUUUGAAUACAGUUUCACUGUUUAACUUCAUAGAAA